CGGCAGUUAUGGAUGUGAUUUUUAUCUUGUGCGCAUGCUUCAGGUGAUAGAAAUCUGAGCACACUACCAGCGCUUUGAAAAGUGGAUGUUAUAAUACUUUCCUGUGGAUAUAUUGUCGCAUGCCUACCGCCAAAAGGACCGACCACACGGACAACCGGUAAAAUCAAACAAGAUCACAGGAUGGAUACUAGUGGGAAACCCUCCACAGCCCAAUUUCUGCUAUUGGCCACCAGCUCAGCACUUACUGCAGUCUUCUACUCUGUGUACUGGAGGAGGACAACAACAGUAGCAAGAUUAAAGGGAGCCAAGAAAGUGUCUAUUGAUCAGGAUAUGAAGAACAUCCUGACAGAAGCACCAGGAAAAUGUGUCCCGUACGCUGUUAUUGAAGGUGUUGUGAGAUCUGUGAAAGAAACCUUGAACAGCCAGUUUGUGGACAACUGCAAAGGGGUCAUCGAGAGGUUAACUCUAAAGGAGAAGAAGAUGGUGUGGAAUCGCACCACUCAUCUCUGGAACGAGAGUGAAAAGGUCAUCCACCAGCGUACCAGCACGGUGCCCUUUGACCUGGUAUCCCACGACGAGGCUGUGGCAGCCACCAUUCGGGUCAUCCGUCCCCUGGACUCCUCGGAGCUGGACCUGGAGACCACCUAUGAGAACUUUCACCCCACUGCCCAGUCCCUGACCAACGUCAUCGGCCACUUCAUCAGCGGGGAGCGCCCUAAAGGUAUCCACGAGAUGGAGGAGAUGUUACGUCUGGGGGAGAGUGUGACCGGGGUCGGGGAGCUGGUGCUGGACAACAACCUGGUGAAGCUCCAGCCUCCCAAGCAGGGCCUGAGGUACUUCCUCAGCCGACUGGACUAUGACUCCCUGGUGGAGAAGCAGCAGAGCACAGUCAGGUUCUGGAGGAUCCUGACUAUGAUGUUUGGUGUAGUUGCUUCCACAACGCUCUUCUUCAUCCUGUGGAAGCAGUGGGCUUACCAUACACAGAGGAGGAAGAAGAAGAAUGUUCUGGAGGAAUUCAAGGAGCAGCAGAGGAAGAGGAUGAGGGAGCUGAAUGUGGAGGAGGCCAGUGUUUCCCCUAGUGCCUGUACAGUGUGUUUGAGCCAGGAGCGUUCCUGUGUGUUCCUGGAGUGUGGGCAUGUCUGUGCUUGUGACCGGUGCUACCAGGCACUGCCAAAGCCAAAGAAGUGCCCUAUCUGCAGGGCGACGAUAGAGAGGGUAGUGCCUCUUUAUAACAGCUAAUGGACAAUGCCAUUUGGAUGGCCAUUGUAAAUGGACUGAUCUAAUGUCACUGAAAAAAGGAUUGUUGGCUUAUUUUUCUGUUUUCUUUCCUUAUAUAAUGUUUAAUUGAAAGAUCAAGCUGACUUGUAGCUUGAUUUGAGUUAUAGCAGUUGAACUGAAAACAUGUAAUAUCCAGGAUCCUUCUUAGUUGUAGAAUCAACUCAGAACUUGAAUGUUUUCACCUCAAUGUUUCUCCAAAGCACACAUCAAAGCGAUUUUGAAUAAAUAAAGACAAACAAAAUAAAUAUAUCCUCAACCUA